AUGUCCAGGGGAAGUGUCCGUUGGGGCGGCUGGUGCACGGAGGGCGCGCGAGGGUCGGGAGGUCGGGAGGUCGCGCCGGGGGCGUGGGGCGUGCGGGCGCCGCCUCCGGGCGCUCGGCCACUCCGCCGCCUGGCCCCAGUCUGCGCCGCGCCGCGCUCGCGACCGCACGUGUCCCCACUCGCUCGCCGACACUCGCCGGUCACUGCUCACUCGCGGCUCACCAGUUGCCACCACACCGCGUGUCUCGUUCUCCUGGAUUUGGCCUAUCGGAGUGGCGGUUCGCAUCUUACCGGGCAGCAU